GUUAUCGGUUUAAUAUUAUAAUAUACAAUAAUACAUAUUUUGUUUUUCACAUUAUUUCCAUACGCAAAGGGUGUACAACUAUACGCAUAAGUCGCUAAUGUGAGUACGACCUACCUACCUAUAUACAUAAUAUUUAUUUUUAUGUAAACACACCGGAAGAAAAAAAACCUCGUAAUUAUGCACGAAACGUUAUGAUUUCUGCAAUCAUACAGCUCCGUUAUUUUUCAAAUCUUAAGGGCAAACAGAAAAAUACAAAAUUGCUUUUUUUUUUAAUAUUGUAUACACUCCAAUUUCAUCUCAAAAUGAAAUCGGCUUCCUUAGACUAGCAUAAUAAUACCUAAAUAAUUGUAACCUAAAAUGUUUGGAAUAAUCGGAUCUUUUGACCAGAAUUUUGUUAAUAACACAAUGAAGAAGUAUUAUAUUUUGACCAGAAUCGUUUAAUUUUUUAAUCACUUCAUAACUUCCCUACGGCUAUUCGGAAUUCGUCUUGUUGUUUCACAGAAAUUACAAGGAUAAUAAUUGCCUCUGUCGAAAAAAUCAUAACAGACAUUUCGUCAAAAAGUUCAGCUGUCUGAUUAUUGCACAAAACCUAUUCAUUUUAAUUUUUCGAAGUUCUGUGUUUAUAAUCAAUAAAACAAUGGUCACAAUGAAAAAGUAGUUUUUUUUUUUUUUUUGAGUGAAACCAAAAAAACCGUGGAAAGGCCGAGCAAUUUUAAGAAAAUAAUUCUUUUAUAAUUUUAAAUUUUGUUUUAUUGGUGUAAUUCAGUUUAAAUUAUUCGUAGAGACAGAAAAAUUUCAGCAGAAAACUUAUAUUCGCUUUUUUUAGACGUGGUAAAUUUCAAAACAUUUGAUUAAUUGUUGAGCUAUUUAUAUACAUUUUAAUUUCACGAGAUUUUUAAAUAAUUUUUAUUCUGCGGGUACUCUGCGUAGAUAAAAUUGUUAGACCAAUCAGAAAUGCUUUAAUUGGAGGUUCAUUAUAAGUCGUAAUCUGUGGUCAAAAAAAAAAAUUGAUUUUUUUUAUAGAAAUUCUAAUAUCAAAUUUUGAGAAAAAUCGUAAAUAUUAUUGUCUUUCAAAACAUGAAUAAAACCGAACUCCGCUCAGAAUCGUUUUUCAUUAGCAAAAAUUAACCGUUGCGUAGAGAUAUAUAUUUAAUUUCCCUCUAUAUAUCCUAAAUUCCCAACUUUUCAACAAAGAAAAGUGGCCCACCCAUCGUGCGAAGUAUGUUUUUUUUUGUUUUAUUUAAAAAAUUAAAAACCUUUAAUUAAUAUUUAAAAAUAUUACAAAUUAAAGACAAUGUCAUUACAACAGUUUUAAUACUUAAUGAAUUUAAUUAAUGUGAUUUUUGCUGUUGGAUAUUGUUCGCUAUUUUUUCGAUUUCCAGAUCAAAAUUAUCUGCAUGAGACCGCUUUAAGCACGUGGUAGAAAUGGUCAUCUGUUAAGCGCGACCGGUAUGGGUUUUUUAAUUUUUCCAUGUGAAAAAAAGCCUAUUCGCACACAAGUAAAAUACAAUACAAUAUAUACAAUUAUAUUUUAAAUUUGUUAUUCAAUUUUAAACGACAACGUCUAUAAAUAAGAUUGCAUAAUAUACAGGAUGAUUAACAAAACGGAAAUUUAUCUCGGAAAAUGUUCAUUUUUUUCGGAAUUCGAUUUUUAGAAAAUUUAAGAAACAAACCACCUUAAAUUUUGCAUUUCCGUUUAUAUUCCUUCACCUAUAUUUUUGAUGGUAACCCCGCUCGAUUUUCAAAUAGCAACCAAUAUUAAUAAUUCUAUAAAUAUAGAUGAAGUUUUUUUUUUUUUUUAAACUAGUAAUCGUAUGCCCGUCAUACACAACAGGUUAUAACGGCCAUUGAAAUGUUUCAAAUGGCUAGUGGUCUAGGACCCGAAUUGGGCAGUAGAAAAUAUCAAAAGUGCAUUUGGCUUCAUGAAUGUGGGUACUUUACAUUUUCCUUAUCGUAGAGUGAUUGAAUUCUUACACUCGGUAUUGCGUAAUUUAUAAAUCUACCUUAUACCUAAAGCUAAUUACACACCACACAAAUCGUACGUCGCGUUUUUCUGGAGUUAAUUCAUUAUUUCUUUGCUGUAAUUAUUUUUUUUCAAUUUCAUUUUCUUCGUAAGAUUUUUAACAAGACCAAACGUUUAACCAAAGUUUUAUUUCACCGUUUACCAGUGCUUGAAUUUGAAGGAGAGGUCACAGGAUGACGGAGUACCGAUUUUUUUCUUAAAAUAUUCUAGCCCACCACUUCUAGUUUUCUUCCUAAUGGUCUUAACUAGAUUGAAUUCAAUCAUUUCAAGGGACGCUAUUUUUGUUUAAACUUCAUAAUACCCCUUCUAAUAUUUUUUCAACUCAAUCAUUGCGCAAUAUAUGUUGUUAACGUUGAAACAAUCAUUAUUACCUAAAAAAUCCCCGCACUGAUAUAAAUAUAUAUAAAAUAAAUAUUUCAAAUAUUAAUAUAUAGUAAUACCUCAUUAUGUCUCAAACAAUAUUAUAGUAUUAGAUAAUAUUUAAAUAGCAUAACUAAUAUUGGUCAUUUCGUCAAAUUUAAAUUGCUAAUUCGCACGAAUAGGUCAAAAGAUACAAAAAAAAAACGUAAUUGAAAAUUACGUUAAAUUUGACGUCAGCGAUAUUAGGAUUAUUAUUAAGAUAAUUGGAUAACACGUCUAUAUCCCUUAUAUGUACAUUUUCAUUAACAUUGUACUGUACCUAUUAUUUUAAAUUCAAAGUACAAUAAUAUAAUAAUACCAAAUGCUAGUGCGUUUCUAUCGUUCGCAGUCUAAUCGUCGUGUACAAUCAUUGUCAACGCCGUUGUUUAACAAUAAUGUUUAAUAAAUAUGUUUAGUAUUUAUCAAAUUUUUUCAUCGUUCAAUCCUAAUAUAAUAUUGUUUGGGUUGAAUCGUCGAAAAAGAAAACUCAUCGUUCGCGUUGGGUAUACAUAUAUUGAUAUAUUGUAUAAAGUGUCGACCUAUUUUUCAAAAUCCAGGUAUAUCAGUGAUAUUAAAAAAAAAAAAAAACCUAAAUAUAUACGUUUACUACCAUUAGGCUAUCAUAUUUUUAUACUAAUUGUGAGGCUACAAUGAAACAGUUAAAAAAAAAAAAAAAAUCAAUCCCAUAUAUGUAGGUAUUUUCUUAUAUUUUUCCCGCGCUAAUACAUUUUAGAAUAGUAACCACAAUGAGUAUUUCGUAUUAUAUAAUUAUAAAUAUUUGUUAUGUAUUGAUAUUUUACAUUCUAAUCUGUAAUAUAUUAUAUAAGAAUACAAUUAUUUAUUAUUAUCAUCCCAUACGUAAGAAUAUGCAUUCGGUAAUUUAUUUUCAAAUAGAUAUUAAUUGUUAUUUUUUUUUUUUUUUUUAUCGUUAGACAAAGUGUUGAAUAUGUGUAACUGCAACAAGAGAAAGUGAGUGCAAUAAUACAAUUAUUAUUAUUAUUAUACUAUAUAUUCAUAAAACAUAUUAGGUAUUGUAUCAUCUAUAAUAUAGAUUCUGUACCUACUUGCAGAAUAUGACUUUUACGCUCACGGGAGGUCUAAAAAUUAAAAAUCAUUGCACCGUUUAUAACAUAUUGUACUCAAUAUUAAAAAGCAAAAAUACCAUAAUGUGGGGUAAUUAUUUUAAUCGGAUAUGGCAUAACUAUUGGAUAUCUAUGUACCUACGCGUAUAAUAGUCAAAAUAAAGUGCAAAUAUUGAUUUUCACUGUAAUAUUAUUAUGGUUUUCAUUUAACAUUAAAAAAAAUCAAACUGUUAUUUCCUCACAACUGCAAACCGUAUUAAUUGACGGGGUUUAGUUAAGUAUAAAAAUGUAUUUCAUAAACUAUUAUAAUAAUACAUGUAUAAUUUUAUAACCACACGAAAAAAGUGGUUCGGAGUAUAUUGUUACAAAUGAUCAAUGAUAAAUGAUUUCAUUGCAGACUAUUAUAUUAUUAUACGCCAUCCAUCGGUUUUUAUGUUUAUAUUUUAUGACGCUAGUUGAAAUGUAUAUAUAAUAUAAAAAAAAAUAUAUAUUUUUUCCACUUUAAACAUGAUGUUAUAAACACCAUAAUAGAAUUGCUAUAAUAAUUGGUAAAUAUUAACUAUAGUAUAAUAUAAAUUCGUUUCCUAUGGUAUAGUAGUACGUAUAGGCAUCUUUUUACUUACCUAAAAAUAUUUUAAUAAAACAAGGUGACGUCCUUUACAUUAAAUGAGUAUACAUUUUGGAUUAGCGACCCCCCCCCCCCUUAAAACACAUAAGAAAAUAUUAUUUUUUUCGAUAGAAAAUUAAAAGUCCAUUCCUACUCGUUUAAAGUAUAAGGGGUUGGAGUAAAAAAUUGCGAAUAAUGUUAAAAUAAAGCUUAAACGGUGUAACGAUGAUGGUUGAACGAAACAGAAAUAAAAUUUACUUACAAUCUUCCGGGAAAAUCGGUGUUUUGUGAUAAAUGAAUCUCUCCGUAUACAUUCCAAAAAUAAUUAGUAUUAACCUAUGUAAGUUACACAAAACAAUUUUAUUUGAAACAAUGUCAUGGCCAGCGAGAACAGUAAAAUAAUAAAAUAAAUAUUGUCGAUUUUACUUGUACUUAAGAGCGUGUACAACGGCGUUGGGUGUCAUCGGAGUCACAUUGUUCGUCAUAUUCAUAGUUUUUCCGGCCGUUUGGCGAUAUUCCCCUUCGUUGCAAAGGAGUAUGCUGUUCCUUAAUCGUGGUAAUUAUACAAUUAUUAUUAUACGCAUAAUUAAAUUAACAUAAUAUUACAAUAUUAUUGCGUAACCACGUAGAUACCUAAAGAUAAUAUUUAUAUUUAUAAUAACCGACAUAACCUACCUAUAUAAUCUAACCCAUACGUACCUAAUCGACGCUCGACAACAAAUGCCUACAUAGAUAUACAAAAUUACGGGAACGAGUUACGUUGUAACUUGUAUUUAUUUUUUUUUUUUUUUUUAAAUAGACAACGUACGUUGUGAGUGUUACUGCAGGAGACGACACGUAUUUUUUUUUUUUGUGCGUAUAAACUUUGAUAAUAUUUAUAAGAACUGAUCUUUAAGAUUAAUUCGAAUAAUCAAACGUCGUGCGGUUUAAAAUUAUUUUAUAUUAAUUUUGUAUCUUUUACUUGUUUCACUGUAAAAUGUAAAUUUGUAUUUUACAAAACAAGUAAUGUGUUUUUCAAUAUUGUUUUAGAUUUUUUAUCGGAAGUGCAGAAUUACAGUCAUCCAGAAGUAUACGGAUUGAAUGGAACGAGAAAUUUCUAUAUACACACAAACGACAAUGUAACGCUAGGAGUAUGGUGAGCGAAAUCAUAAUAUAAUAUUAAUAUCAUAUAUUAUAAACUUUCAUAUCAUAAUUGUUUUUUUUUUUUUUUUAAAUAGACAACGUACGUUGAUUUAUUUUAUUGGGAAACUAUAAUAUUAGGUACAUGUUAUCUUAUAAUUAAAUUUAAUUGCAAAAUAUUAAACGAACGCUUUGUAUUAAAUUAGCCGUCGAAUAGGUGAUACACGGAUAAAACAAAUGACGAUAAAAAUUUCAAUGAAUCAGGAGGAUAAACAUAAAAAAUAGCGUAUUAAAAUAAAUAUUAUUUGAGUAUUUUAUUAGCUAAGAUGGAUAAGUUGUAAGUUUACAUUUGUUUGAAAACUGCUUCCGGUCGUGAAAAGAAUUGUUGAAGAUUGAUUUUUUUUUUUUCUAAUUUUCUAAUCAUCAUUUUACUAUAAUAUAAUACUAUUUAAGUUUUAGGUAGGUGCAAAACAAAAUUUGCGGUGAAUUAUUAAACGCAAAACUUUGUAUACGGACAGUAGGAAUAGGUAUAAGUACGAAUUACUUUUAAUUAUUAAAAUCAAUGAACACUGCCCAUUCGGCCGAUUUAAACUCCAAAAUGAAAAUUAAUCUUUUAUUAGGCGCAUGUACGUAAAAUGCAUUGUUGUUUUCAAAAAAAAAAAUGUGAAACGGGAAAUAACAAGAACAAUAAAAAAUUAAAAUAUAAAUUUGUCUGCGUAUUAGGUAUUGUAGUAUACGAGUAGUGUAUAGGUUAAUAUGAAUAUAUAAAUAUCCUAUUUUAUUUGUAUUCAUUUAUUUUUUUUAUAAUGACUGUGUGGAUAAUUAUUAUUUAUUAUUUCAUUAAAAUAAACUUUCAGGCACGUAUUACCGCGUAAUUUAUUAACAAAUUACACUGCGGAAAACGAAUUAAAUUACGAACAAUUUUUAAGUCACGGAGAACCGAUUAUCAUAUACAUGCACGGCAAUUCGGACGCCCGCACGAACGAACAGCGAGUAGAAUUGUAUCGCAAACUUCAGGACAUGGAUUAUCACGUAAUAGCCCUGGACUACAGAGGUAGUUACAGUAUAUUAUAUUAUGGCCUGUUCGUUACCUACGGAUCGUUAAAAUUGCCUAUGUUAAAAAUUAUAUUUUUUCAACAACGGUUUCUCCUCUAUAAGGUUACGGCGAUUCGACGGACGUGGACAUCAUCGACGAAACCGGCUUAGUGUCGGACGUAAUGCAAACGUUUAAAUGGGUCUACGAACGCGCAAACGGAACACCAAUUUUCGGAUGGGGUCAUUCUCUGGGGACCGGGUAAUAAAUAGCAUCUAAUUUAUCACAAGGACACUUACACAGUCACGCAUGUAAUACACAGUACACACAUUAUGCCGUAUUGGUUUGUUCUUCAUACCGUCAUGGAGCUAGAUGAGGUGAGUACUAGAGUGAUAGCUGGUAGUGGUGCGAAAAAUCCGGAUUUGACAAAGUUCAAAAAUCCGGAUGUUCAGAUUCCGAAAUCCAAAAAUAUCAACAUUAUUAUAUGAAACGUGAACAAUCGAUGAUUAUUGUUUGUAAUAAUUCUAAUUUUAAUAGGUAAUAUUUGUAUUUACGAUAAUGUAAAAUCAUGAAAUCUUCACGCCGUAAAUAAUUAUGAAAACCUGCCUGGAAAAUCAAAAAAUGACUUCCUUAAAGUACCAGCUGGACAAUUUUCGGAUUUUGAUUUUCGAAAUUCAGAUUUUCGGAUAAUCCGGAUUUACAUCACAUCCCUGUUAGCUGGUAGCAGGUUCAUAGGUAGUAUUUUUGUUGUUUUGUCGUACCUUUCUGAAAACUUAAUUUCGCCGGUCUCGAAAGUCACGAACCAGAGAUGGAUGUGCCCGUACGCACCUGUGCGUACAUAUAGAUUUUGUCCGAAAACAUGUUCGUUCAGUCAACAAAAUACAAUUCCGUUCAAUAGGCCUAAUGUUUUCGUCCAUUUACAAUGUGCCGAAAUGAAAAGAAAUAAUAAAUUUGUCCAAAUUACCUAAGAUUUUUUAUGAGAUAUUUGUGUCGUAAUAAUAUUUAUUAUUAUUUAUUAUAUAGAUUCGAUUUAAUUAUAUGUAUUAUAUUAUACAACCUUGCACAUAGACCUGUAGACUAUUUUUCUGUCUAUUACGCUGGUACCGAAACAGUUAAACAAAUGUGUUUUCUUACAUCAUUUUGGAAUAAAAAGUCAACACGGUGGAAAUCAACGGAAUCCUAACAGUUAAAACUUUUCGUUUGACAUUUGUAAUACUAUGAUUUUCAAAUAAUUAUGAAAUAUUUAUGAAUACGCACCCGCCUAAUUGCGACUAACGAUGAACACCGACGUGCAUACUUUUAACUAUCGUUGGGCACUAAAAUAUAUGCACGAAUAUAGUCCAAUCGUGCACACACCUACCGGCCCGCGGCGAGACAAUCGUAUUUAUAUUAUUUGUUUGGUCAUGCACCAAACAUCAUCAUUUUCGAUAUAUCCAUUUAUCAUAUUUUAGUUGCCGAGACUGCUAAUAAUAAAUUUUACUAAUUCCGCGCACAAACGUAUUUGUGUUGACACAUUUUGCACGCGGCUUCUAUACGUGACUGAGAAAUGAGUGGGUAGCGUUAUUAAUUUAUUAGUAUUGUACAAUAAUUUAUUGUUACAAUCCGACACAAUCCACACUACGCAAACCUAUAUGUAUGUAUUAUUGUGUACCUACAUAAAUAGAUAGUAGGUAGGUACUAGCUAUAAAGUAUAUACAUUUUUUUUUUUUUUUUUUAGAUUCUGAGUGAGGCGAAGUAGCUUAUGGUAUUACAAAGAUGUUUAUUUUUUUUUUUUUGCAAUUUUGCAAUUUUGCUCCGAUUUAUAAUUAUAGCAAUUUUCCUAAAAAUAAAUCUGACUGGAGAGGUACUUUAAAACGGUCAUUUUUUGAUUUUCCCAUAAGUUUUCCCAAUAAAUUGGAAAACUCGGGGUAAAACAUGGGAAAACCGUUGGAAAAACGCAAAAAUAGAUACAAUAUUAAUCAAAUAUUAUUAAAGAAAAUAUUUAAUGCCUAUAGGCAUUACAUAAGUGUAUAUAAUUAUUUUACCAUAAUAUGGCAUAUAUGUUGUUGACAAAACAACUAAAGUUUAGUUACUACACUGUCAACUGUUCUCCGCUCAGAAUAAUUUUUUCGUUAGCAAUGGUUUAUCGUUGCUUACAGUUAUAGAUACCUAAAUUACAUUUCCCCUCUACUACCUUUCCAACUUCUCAUCUACAACAGUGACUGCACCCACGUGCGAAGUACCAGGUGAUUCAUUUAAUUGGGUACACUCAUUAUCUCGGAAAGUAUUAACUUUUUCCGGAAUUUGUUUUCUAGAAUAUUUAAGAAACAAGCUGCUCCACAAUUUUAUACUUGCGUUAUUUUUUUUCAUCCAUAUUUUUUGGGGCAAAACCACUACCUACUUUUGAUUUUCAAAUGGGAACCAAUAUUAAAAAGUCAUAAAUAAAUUGUGUAUUAGUUUAAAUAAAUUUUAGUAUUGAAAUUUUUUAUUCCCAUCGCAAAUAUAAAACUGUGAAGCAGCUUGUUUCUAAAAUGUUCUAGAAAACAAAUUUCAGAAAAAAUCAAUAAUUUCCGGGAUAAUGAGUGUACCCACUUAAAUGAAUCACCUGGUAUGUUCGUCUUUUUUCAAACGAGUUUUUGUUUCUCGAUAAAUAUCCAUCGUUUUGUUCUUGUAACAAUUAUAAUACAUAGUAGUAAUGUGUAUCUAUUUUUGUUUUCAUAUAAUAUUGACUUUAUUAGAUCCUAAUUCUAAACUAAACACCAAACAUAGUAAAGCGUAUCCCGCAUAUUAACCCAACUACUUACAUAGGUACACACUACGUAAUCGAUUAUUUGUUUGAAGAAAAUUUGGCCUCCGGAGUUGGGUAUACUGGCAUCUGAAAAUAAAUAUAUAUUAUAGUUGUACACAUUAUAUGUAUUUGAACUUGAAAUUUUGAAAUAUCGGUAGGUACCUAAACAUAAUAUUGUGUUUUAACGAGUUGCAACCAGACACGGAUCCAGAGUAAAGAUCUGAAGGGCCCGCCAAUUUUUUGACAACACAAAUACAAUUAAAAUACAAUAAUGUAAUACAUUAUGUAUACUAUUUUCUCGUACACAUCAGUGAUUGGAAUAUAGUAAUAUCAAAAUGUGUAGAAUUAUAAAAAAAAAAAACGGACAAAUAAUAUGUCUGGGAGAGCCUGGUCCCCUAAAAUCUGGGCCCACCUGAAUCCGUCCCUAAUUACAACCAAUAUUUAGGUACAUCUGUAAAUUUAAUAAACACAGCAUAACAUAUCUAAUAAUAUUUUAUGUGAAUAAAAUAAAUUGCUAAAACGGCUGUGCUUACUUUUUAGAAUUGGAGCACAUGCUUUUUCGUUACUGGAAAAAGAAAAUAUCUAUUCCAAUGGACUUAUAUUAGAAGCUCCGUUUAAUAAAAUGAGCGAAGCAAUUCGACAGUAUUCAACUGCUAAAGUAACUAUGUACCCACUGCAAACAAAAGGUAUCUCACGAAGGUAUAACAUACAACCAUAUACCCAUUAUAAUAUCUCGUAAAUUAUUAACUACUUUAGGAAUUUAUUUUUAUUACUGACAAUUUAAGAAACAAGCGGCUCUAAAAUUUUAUAUUACUAUUAUUUUUUGCUAAAACGAUUACUAACUUUUGAUUUUCAAAUGGCAACUUAUAAUCGUGUAUACAAAUGCCGUAAAUAGAUGUUUACUUUAAGUACAUUUUGGGCUUAAACACACUGCUCUACUAUACAAAGAAGUGGAAUAUUUCGUUUACACAUUAACGGAAAUCAAAAAUAUCAACACUAAAAUUUAUUUAAACUACACAAGUUCAAUAAGAUGUCAUUUGAAAAAUCAAAAGUACCUAGGUAAUCAAGGUAAAAUACCUGGAAAAUAAGCGUGACAAAAUAUAAUAAUUAUCAUAGGUGAAAAUUAGAGGUCUUGAGCGGGGGCUGAGUCCACUCAAUUAUUUUGAGUCACUUAUUUUCCAAUGGCGAAAUCGGUAUCAAAUAAUUUGUAUGACGUGCCAUAUCUUUUAUGCGAUCGAAAUGGCGAAAAAAUCAGACUAGUCGAAAGUAAUGAAUGCCAGAAGUUUAGGCCAACUGGAAAAAAAAAACAGAUAGUUAAUUUAUAACCAGUGUUAAUACACUAAAGCCAUGGUUAAUAAUGUAAUACGACAUUAUUGAAUUGAAGUUACUACAUUUCAAUGUUUAACAUUAAACUUAAUUCGAACUUUUUACUUUGUAAAAAAAAGAAUUGUUAAGUUUUUAAAUUAAAAACACGUUUUUCUCAGUUCAAACAAAAAGUGACUUCUGGUUUUUUUCCCUGUACCCUUUAUAUGUGUAUAUUACAUAUUAUAUAGUAAUGUUAACUUUCAAUUAAAAUAUUGGAGCACGAAUAAAAUAUUAAAAUUGAACAAAAAAAUAGAUCUACGAAUAAACAUAACACAAUUUUAAAAUUGUUUUUAAAUUUUAAUGAAAUAGAUUAUUACUGUAGAGAUACAGUGGCGGAAUUUAAGGGAGGGAUCCGAAGGGCCUUGCUUCCACCCACCCCCAUCCCCCAUUGGCCUAAAUUAAGUUUUAUUAAUUCAACAAUCAUAGGUAAUUUUGUAUGGAAUAUUGUUAUUAUUACUGAAUUUUGGACUAUGACCCCUCCCACUCUCAAAAUUAAUUCCUGGAUCCGCUACUGAAGAGAAUUUGUAUUAUUUUUUUUCUUUAUAGUUAGUAUAACAUUAUCAAAUAAAAUGUUCAAGUUUAAAUCUCGUUAUUAAAAUUAAAUAAAUUUAUGAUGCUUAAAUUAUUAUUUUGAAUAUUAAUCAAGUUUUCAUUUACCUACCUUUCUUAAAUCUUGAAAGUAAUAAUUAAAAUAUGACAUUAUAAUACCUUAUAAUUAUGAAUAAUAAUUACCAUUAUAAUAACUUAUUAGUAUGUGUAUGGUAUAGUCGGCAUAGGAUGUCUAAAAUAAAUCCCACUUAGGUUUUUCAUGGUGUUUAAGGUAAGAUGACUUUUGCAAACGCAGAAACCCGGUUUGAAGCAAGAAAUGUUUCAAAAUAUCUGUCCCCCCUUAAAAUUAUGGACAAUUUCUGCUAAUGAUAGUAAUAUAACAUUUUAAAGCAAGGUACUUGUUUCUUAAAAUACACAAAAAAAAUCUGGAAAAAGUUAAUAUACUUCCCGAGACAUCGCAAUGGGAUACCUUCGUGGGAUACUACCAUAUAUAAACCUAAUCUGAUUUGUACAGUUAUAAUAUUAUAAUAACGAAGCUUUAUAAUUAAAAUUUAAAAUAUUAUAAUGUAACUAACUUUUAAAUAGGCUUUUCGUAAUUUGCCUUGGUUUGAUUUUUUCAUCAUCGACCCAGUUAUUGAAAACGGCAAUAUUUUUGACACAGAAGAAAACUUAAAGGAUGCAAAAAUGCCCGUGUUGAUAUUACACGCUCAAGAUGAUCUAAUAAUACCGUAUCACCAAAGUGAAAAGGUAAACUAAACAUAAAAGUUAAAUAAGUGCAAUAUAAUAUAGAUAAGUACCUAAUAUAAUUUAUUAGGUACCUAAGUAUACCUAUAUGUAAACAAAUAUUUACUAAUUUCAAAAUGAAUGUUAAAAAAAAAAAAUAAACUAAGUUUAUGCUACCCAAAAGCACAUUAUUAAUCACAAUAUAAAUUUACUUUUUCUUAGUCUGUUUUAAAGUAUGGACGUAUGGUAACUAGAAUCUACCUACUUACUAGAAUACUUGCCAAAAACCUGUAAUUCCCUAUCCCCCCCCCAAAAAAAAAAAAAAAAUCCUAUACAAUUAUGAAAUACGAUUGCAAUUUUUUUUUUUUUUUUAACAUUUUUAACUCGUUAUCUACCUACUUUUAAUUAAUUUGUUUGAGUAUGCUAUAUUAUAGUAGAUACCUACAAAAAAAAAAAAAAAAUUGCAUAACAAUAAAAAAUUUGUAUACAAAUCUAGGUAAUAAUAUUUCUGUUUUUCGUCUAUGUACGUAUAAUGUUUAGUUGUGCAGUUACAUCACAAAAUUUCGAAAGAAUACACUGACUGACAUCGUUUUAUACCCUUCCGAGUACGGGUUAGGGCAUCAGCUUAUUGUCCGCGAUAAGACCAUUGGAAACACAAUAAAGUGAGUACAUACCUGCAUACCUACAUAGUAGCACAAACUUGAGUUUUUGAUUACUACGUUUUAUAAUAAUACAUAUGUUUCAGAAAAUUUAUAAUAUAUUGUUUGAAGACAGAGUCUCCCUAGCGCGCACGACAAAAAUAACUUAUUUGAUAAAACUUUGUACCUAGGCAUAUGACCCAUGGCUAAAAAUAUUUAAUUAUGCCUAUAGCUACUUUUAACUUGUAAGAGAUUUUAUUAACUACUUUUUUUUUUUUUUAUUAUUAUUAUUACUAUACAUUUAAAAUAGCUUGAUAAUCAUUUGUUUAUUAUUAUAAUAAUAUCAUGUAAGUAUCGAUGCACAGUAGAACCUCGAUUAUCCGAACUAAUUGGGACCCCACAUAAAUCGGAUACGCUAAAGUUCAAGUACCAGACACUUGUUUAAACAGAUAAUUUUAAUUUUUAAAACAUACAAUUAUAUAAUAAUGUAUAUUAUUAUCUAUUACAUAUUUAUUAUUAUUAUAUUAGAAUUGCAUUAUGUAUUUAGAAAUAUAUAAUCACUAAGUAGGUACCUACAUAUUAUGUUUAUGAUAUUAUUUAUUGAUUAAUUUAAAUAAACACAUUGUGUCUCGAUUAUCUACAAACAAUUUACACACGUACAUACAUAUAUAUAUAUACUUACAAUUUAUAUGUAUAUAUGUAUGUACUAAUAAUAAAUUGCAAAAAUUAUAAAAUCCGUGGCCAGCGUAUGAGGUGUAUGAGUUCUUCAACAAGAUUUAAUAUUCAGAUAAUCUAAGUUCUAUUGCAAUAUACAAAU